AGGGACCUCGUGGGCCACCGGAACAUUGUGGGUUUCCUGGACUCCAGUAUAACUGCAGUGGGAGCAGGAGAUGUCUGGGAGGUCCUCAUCCUCAUGGACUUCUGUCGUGGUAAUUCUGCCCCUCUUUCCUUCUCAAUCACUUUAGUGGUUUCAUUAGUGUACAUAUCUCCUUGUUUCCAAACCCAUUGUAAGUCCUUCCUGGUUUGUUGCAGGUGGUCAGGUGGUGAACCUGAUGAACCAGCGUCUGCAGACAGGCUUCACUGAGGCAGAGGUGCUGCAGGUCUUCUGUGACACCUGCGAGGCCGUGGCCCGCCUCCACCAGUGCAAGACGCCAAUCAUCCAUCGAGAUCUCAAGGCACGAGCACUUUUCUUCACACACAGACCCUCAGAGUCCGCACCUUACUCACACUUUAAUGGCCUCAUUGGCAUUAUCAUGGCCUUUUAA